AUGGGCCAAUGCAAAGCUGCCUACCUCUACACCGUACUUUUCGGCAUCACCACCAUCGCGCACGCCGUGCAGAUGUUCCUUCAUAGGAAACCGUACAGCUUUGUCAUUACCUUCAGUGGAGCGUUGCAGACGGCGGCAUACGUCCUUCGAGUUCUGAGCAUUCAGAAUCCGGCCAGCGUGGGAUUUUAUACGUACUGGUUUGUUAUCAUGAUGGUUGCACCCAUUUGGACCAAUGCCUACGCUUACAUGGUCAUGGGCCGCAUGGUGUACAACUUCACGCCCAGCGCAUCUGUCUUCAAAGUCAAGGCAUGGCGAUUCGGCCUCAUCUUUGUUCUGCUGGAUAUCCUUGCCUUCUUGGUGCAAGUUGCUGGAGCCAUCAUGGCUAGUGGGGAGAAGAAGAGUACGGACACAAUCAUGGCAGGCUUGCACAUCUACAUGGGCGGCGUUGGCUUCCAGCAGCUGUGCAUCUUCUUCUUUCUAGCACUCGCCGUUCGCUUCCACAGGAGACUCCAACGCGAGCCGCCGUCAGCUAAUCGAUCUCGAGGGUUGUUGCUGCUGUACGUCGAGUACGCAGUGGUCGGGCUGAUCACUGUUCGUAUCAUUGUAAGUUACCUGAAGAUCUUCUGCGUGAUCAACGCUGACCGCACACAACAGUUCCGCCUGAUCGAAUACAGCAACGGACUGGAGUCAACGAUUCCUAGGAAAGAAGCCUACCAAUACGUCUUCGACUCCACCGUCAUGCUCAUAGCUCUGGUUCUUUACAACGUCUGGCACCCAGGGCGACUCAUGCCCGGUCAAGAGUCGAAUCUUCCCAGUCGCAAAGUGCGGAAGACGUGGAAGCGAGACGGCAUACAACCUCAUGGUCGACUUACCGACGAUCUUCUGCUUCCAAAGUAUCGGUCCGCAGCAGCUUCUGGCGAAAACCUGACGGGGGUUGAUACGUCUGGGCAGUACAUUAGGAUGGCGACACCGCAGCCUUCGCCGUAG